CGCACAGUAGCAUGUCAUCCACUUAUUUCGCGCCACAAACUGAAGGCGCACAUUGCGCUUCUAAUUUUCUAUAUAAGCAAUUGGCCUCUUUUCCACUAACAUUUACAUAAGCUCUGUCUGCUUUCACUUGAUCUCGCCGGAAUGACCGACGGUCACCUCUUCAACAAUAUCUCCCUCGGUGGCCGUGGAGGCACCAACCCUGGGCAGCUUAAGUUACAUUCGGGGGGUAUUCUAUGGAAGAAACUGGGGGGUGGUAAAGCAGUUGAAGUUGAUAAAGCUGAUGUUAUAGGAGUGACAUGGAUGAAGGUGCCAAGGACAAAUCAACUUGGUGUUCGAAUCAAAGAUGGGUUGUACUACAAAUUCACAGGAUUCCGGGACCAGGACCUUUCAAACUUGUUCAAUUUUUUCCAAAGCAAUUGUGGAAUAGCACCAGAAGAGAAGCAACUUUCAGUUAGUGGCCGUAACUGGGGAGAUGUUGAUUUAAAUGGAAAUAUGCUUACCUUUCUGGUUGGUUCAAAGCAAGCAUUUGAGGUAUCUUUAGCAGAUGUCUCACAAAUGCAGUUGCAAGGAAAAAAUGAUGUCAUAUUGGAGUUCCACGUGGAUGAUACAACUGGAGCUAAUGAGAAAGAUUCAUUGAUGGAGAUGAGUUUUCACAUACCUGGUAACAACACCCAAUUUGUUGGUGAUGAAAACCGACCUCCUGCUCAGGUUUUCCGAGACAAAAUUUUGUCAAUGGCAGAUGUUGAUCCUGGUGGUGAAGAAGCUGUUGUUACAUUUGAUGGUGUUGCUAUCCUGACACCAAGGGGUCGGUACAAUGUUGAACUUCAUCUGUCAUUCUUGCGACUCCAAGGACAGGCCAAUGAUUUCAAAAUUCAGUACAGCAGUGUUGUUCGCCUAUUUUUGCUUCCAAAGUCUAACCAGCCACAUACUUUUGUUAUUGUUAGUCUUGACCCUCCUAUCCGUAAGGGGCAAACUUUGUAUCCACACAUUGUGUUGCAGUUUGAUACUGACAAUGUGGUCCAAAACACUUUGUCAAUUAAUGAAGACAUUUUGAACACAAAGUACAAGGACAAAUUAGAAGCAUCUUAUAAGGGACUCAUUCAUGAUGUUUUCACAACGAUAUUGCGGGGCUUGUCUGGUGCUAAAGUAACUAAGCCAGGAAAAUUCCGUAGCUGUCAAGAUGGUUAUGCAGUGAAGUCAUCACUGAAAGCUGAAGAUGGCCUCCUAUAUCCACUUGAGAAAAGCUUCUUCUUCUUGCCCAAACCUCCAACUCUUAUUCUUCAUGAGGAGAUUGAUUAUGUUGAAUUUGAGAGGCAUGCAGCUGGUGGGUCAAAUAUGCAUUACUUUGAUCUUCUUAUAAGACUCAAAACUGAGCAAGAGCAUCUGUUCCGAAACAUCCAGAGAAAUGAAUAUCACAAUCUUUUUGACUUCAUCAGUGGGAAGGGUCUGAAGAUUAUGAACCUGGGUGAUAUGCAAACCACAAAUGGAGUGGCUGCUGUUCUCCAGAAUGAAGACGAUGAUGCUGUUGACCCACAUCUUGAGCGCAUUAGGAAUGAAGCUGGAGAUGAGAGUGAUGAAGAGGAUGAAGAUUUUGUUGCUGACAAAGAUGAUGAAGGCUCUCCUACUGAUGAUUCUGGAGAGGAAGAAUCUGAUGCUAGUGAAAGUGGACUUGAGAAAAAGAAGCCCAUGAAAAAGGAAUCUACAAAAGAGCCCUCAUCUUCUAAGGGAGCAUCUAAGAGGAGAUCCAAAGAUGGAAAUGAGGAUGCAUCCAAGAAGAAAAAACAGAAGAAGAAGAAGGAUCCAAAUGCACCAAAGAAGGCAAUGUCUGGUUUCAUGUUCUUCUCGCAAAUGGAAAGAGAGAAUGUGAAGAGAAAUAAUCCUGGAAUUGCUUUUGGGGAGGUUGGAAAAGUUCUUGGAGACAGGUGGAAACAAUUGUCAGCGGAGGAGAAAGAACCGUAUGAAGCAAAGGCUCGAGCAGAUAAAAAGCGAUAUAAUGAUGAAGUCAGUGGCUACAGGAACCCUCAGUCGGUGAACGUAGACUCAGGGAAUGAAUCUGAUCGUGCAUAGAUAGUAAUAAUAUUUUCUCAAUUUUAAGGCUUAGGGAAUUAAUCCUGGCCUUCUCUGUUAAAAACUAUUAGUGUAUUUUAGAUUUUAUGUCGAUGGAUGGUAGAAUUUCUGACAUAUUUCGCUUGUUUAUUUAUAUGGAUCUGUUUCUGAUUGGUAUGAUGGCUUUCCUUUUUUUUUUUUUCAUGGCAAUGAAAUGAGCAUUUGAGAA